AAUUCUGACCGGAAAUCGUGCUCCUCACUGUGGCUGGCUUGACACUGGCCAUGCAUAGUAGCUUUUCGUGCUGAUGAAAAUAUCAAAGUGUGCAGUGUCCUUGUAUUCUGUCAGAGAGCGGUGUCGCAGUCAGUCCCGGAGCAGAGAGGCUAGAGUGUCCGGCCUGGAGUGUCACUGUGCUCGGAUGUCAGGAACCACGAGGUCCCACCUCUGACUGACUGAUCCCCGGCUUGUGGAGCCGCUUUCUCCUUGGAUGACCUACACGCAACCUCUCGCAGGAGCAGCGGACGUCGGUGCGUUACGGCCGAACACCUGCUGGUUAGGAGGUGCAGCAGGGUGCGUAUUAAUAUACAGCGGGCAACAAGUCAAAGGUACUCUCUGGCAGGCUUCAGGCCGACUCUGGAGCAGCUGACCCGGGGAAAAUAAUAAGGCACGCUGCGAAUUUCUUUCCCCCAUCGUGGCUGCGUCAGGAGGAGCGGACAGAGGACUGGAAGUUGCAGGGCUGACAGCCAAUGUGCGCACCUGAAAAUUAAGAAGACAGACAGUUCUUCAAACACAGACACCACAGAAUAUCUUGGCGUUCACAUGAUGUACACAAUCACCAGAGGUCCCAGCAAACUUGUUACACAACGGAGGACAGGUCCCACACAACAAGUCGAGACCAAAUUCAGCGACCUGAAGCUCAAGCCGACGUCUUGGCUCUCAUCAAACUCUCCGCCCCCAAAGAUUGUGUUCAAUCGUCUGAACGGGAAGCGCUACCACAGUGCAGCCACACAGAAGCCCGCCAGCCCAGCGGAGGGAUUCACUCCCGCACAUGAAGAAAACGUCAGAUUUGUGUAUGAAGCAUGGCAGGAGGUGGAGCAGAAGCUGGGGGACGGGGAAGGUGGAGAGAAAGCCGACAGCCAGGUUCCCAUUCAGUACACUGAGAAGACUCCCAGUGCUGCGAUGAAGAACUUUGUGCCCAUAGAUCUGGAGGAGUGGUGGGCUCAGCGCUUCCUUGCCAACAUCGCCAACCUGUCAUGACUGGCUGAGGCUUUGAGGCGGAACAGGAAGCACCGCGUCGAUGCUGCGUGGUGAGCGCAUCACGAGGCCGGAGAGGAGGCGAGCGAGUCUCCAGGAGCUGCGGUGCGAAAGGGUCGUGCGUAAUUUGGAAUCUGAUUCGAUGCCCUGCGCUUCACGCUGCUGUAGAUGCAACGACAGCGAGCUAACUGUGAACUGACAGCGCUGACUUGAAAUUGUGCUGCUUUGAAGGACCCGUCUCGCUCUACGUGAACGACGUAUCGGAUAGAAGCUGUGAGAACCCUGCCUCCUUUCUCAAGUGUUCUCGGCUGAUCUUUGGAUAUAAAUCUAUUGAAAAGCAAAAAAAGUAAAAUGUUUUUCAAAAAAUGUCCUGUGUGGAA